AUGCCUUGUUUCAGUUUUUCUUUCUUUUUUGUUCUUUAUCUCGUCUCAUUAUUUUUAUUCCUUGUUUCUUUCUUUUCCUGCUUUAUUUUUUCUUUCUUUUUCCAUUACAUUGGGAUACAUUUUUCCUUCUUUAUCAAGUUCAUUUUUUCUGUUUCUUUACAUUUCCAUCCUUAUUUUUAUUUAUUUUUCCUUCUUUAUCACUUGUUUUCUUCUUUUAUUUCAUCUAUUUUUCUUUUUUCUCCUUUUAUUUUUUUUAUAUUUUUAUCCCACUUUUUCUUCUUUGUUUCCUUACUCUUUCCAUCUUUAUUAUUCUUUCUCUAUCACCUUUACCUUUUCUGCUCUUAUUUUUCUUGUUUCUUCUUCUUUCUAUAUUUCUUUCAUUUUUUUUUUGCUUCCCUUGCCAUUUUCUUUCUUUUUCUCAGUUAUUCCUUUCUCUUUUUUGAUUUUUUAUUCAUCCUUUAUUUUUCUUCUUUUUCUUUCAAAUUCUUUCUUAUCUUUAUCUGCAGCGUCUUUCUUUCUCUCUUUUUUCAUUUUUUUAAUAUAUUUUAUUUCAUUUCUUCCUUUUUUUUCUUUCUGUUACAAUUUUUCUGUAUUUUUCCUUUGGAAGAUCAUUCACAGAGACUCACUGGCACACGAUUGAGACAUAUGGAGGGAGCUGGUCAGAUGCUGAGCUGUACAGCAAUCAUACCACCUCACCCAGUCAUGUGGAUGAUGAUUUUUUUUUUUUUUUUUCUUUCAUGCUUCUUAUCCUAUUUCUUUAUUCUUUAUUUCAUUUCCUCUUCUUUACUUUUUGUGUUUUUCUUUUUUUUCUUCUUUUUACUUAAUUCUUUUUUUCUAUAUUUAUUUCCUCUUUUUACUUUCAUUUUGUUUGAUUUUUUCCUGUAUUUUUUAUUCUUAUUUUUUCUUAUCAUUUCUUCUUUGUCAGAUGUUCUUUUUACCUCUUCAUUUUUUUUUCUUCUUUCUUCUAAACUCAAUUUUCAAGUCAAUCUUCCUGCAUACACUGUUUGCAAACUGAUUUUAAAAUAG